AUGACCACCGCGUCCAUACAUAUGACGUCUACAAUAACGAACUCACUGAAACGCGUCGUGUUCCGGAGCAAGUUCAGACAAUCUUCCACGAUUUUGACGUCAUAUCUCUGGGAUGAAGGUUGCCGGUCUGUCUUGCGUACCGCGGAGAAGGCGUUUACGCGUCUGGAGAAUGAGGUAGAGCGGAUCCUCAGUGAAUUGAUUUCAAAGAUCCGCUCUUCACACUCUGGGGGGAUCACGAUCGGAAACGAGGCUCGAAUUGCCAAUUUCACGACAUUCACGGGAUGCAUUACUCCGGUACUUUACGUGUUGUUACUGGCAGCUGGUGCGGUCAUCAAUGCGAGACAUGCAUGGCAUCGUGUUCGGAGACGUGCUACGUUGGGAAGUUUCCACGCUUUCCUGGAGCACGAGAACAGGGGCAAGAAGGUGUUCCGCCACUUCGAGGGUCUUGACUGCUGGAGGUUUUGUGAUGCUGAGAUCUGCAUUGGUCUGGCGUCCGAAGAUCAGCAGUUUGUGCUUCCUGAUUCAUGUUUUGCCACCCUCGACGAGGAGUUCGCUGGUGAUCCCUCAUCAGCUCAUCUCAUGUUCCCUAUCAUGCCCACUAUCGCUCUCUACGUCCUCGGCACUCAAGGUGAGGAGCCCCGGGGGCAUGAUCUGAGGGUACGAGACCCAGUGAUGGGGGCUACCGCUGCUUGGAUCGACGUCGAUAUCGAGUCACCUGCUGAUAUCCAUCUUCGUAACGCGUCCCUUCUCCAACGACACCCAGCCCAGCUAUAUUUCUCUUCCCUCACCUCUGUCACCCAAGCUAUCGCACAUUAUGACAGCUUCCGUUGGGUCUCCGAGCACCUGGAUUACUCGCGGUUGAAGCAACGUGCUAGACAAAAGGCAACGCUGGAGAAAGUAACGAAGACUCUGGUCGUGAAAGGCAGCGUCUUACUUGUCGACCUCACAGACGAGGUUGAGAAAGUAGGUAACGCACCAGUAUCUGGUGGUUCCUUCGCAGACGUCUGGAAAGGCAUCUGGACGAAUUCCCACAGUGGGACACAACCAGUCGCACUCAAAUACCUUCGUCAGUACACGCACAUGUCAGACGAAGUCAAGGAAAAGCUACUGCUGCGGCUUAAAUCAGAGGUCGUAGCGUGGCACCGCCUCCAUCAUUCAAAUAUUGCACAGCUCUAUGGCGUUGCUCAAUCUCCUAACUCCAUAGCCAUGGUCUCCCCGUGGUGCAACAACGGUACAUUGACGCACUAUCUGGAAAUGAAUCCUGAAGCAGAUCGAUUUGCAUUACGGUCAGCUACUUGCACAACUGCCAGCCUGUCGUCAUUCACCGCGAUCCUCAAAGGCUCCAAUAUCCUCAUCGGUGACAAUGGACAAGCUCUUCUGACAGACUUCGGUCUGUCAAAUGUUAUCGAAGAAGUCCUCGAGUCCGAGCCAAGCAUGCGGAACACUCGUUUUGCAACAUCCCUCUUCGCUGGGUCGACUCGGUGGAUGGCGCCUGAGCUCAUUGAAGCACUCACCAAUGAUGACGACGCUGAACCGCCUCCGAUCUCCACCAGCAGCGACGUAUACGCGUUUGCAUGUGUUUGUCUCGAAGUCGCAACCGGUUGCCUUCCUUUCUCACAUAGAAGCAACGAUACUGCAGUCCUAUUCGACAUCAUGAGGGGCGUGAAACCUUCCCGCGGAAGCGCUCCUAUGAAACUCCGGCUUCCUGAAAAGGAGGUGGACAACUUCCGGAAUCUACUUGAUAGGUGUUGGAGCCCUGCACCGUUCUUACGACCCACUAUGACUGAAAUUAAACAAGAGCUGGCGGCGAUUGCAGGUUGUUGCUCGUAG